AUGAUUGCAUUUGUUAGAGCGCUAGAGAUUGAGAUCGUUAGCGAGUCUGGCGCUGUCCCUAUUGGACAGGCGUUGGGGAGCGUAUGGUAUGGGUUAGCCAAUAAAGGCCUGUGGCGGAGGCGAGUCUUGGGAUUCACUUCUGGUUGCGGUUAUCCCUUCGGAAUGAGACACUACCAGACCAUCCAUACCAUCAGCCAAUACCAUUGCCACCACUACUGGUGCUCUAUAUAUAGUCGGUUCAUUGAGAUCCCUGUGCCGUACAGACAGGCCGUACAGAAUGGAGCGACCGUUCAUUGCAUUCAUUUACUCCUCCAUUACUCUCGAGGUCUUACACUCCCAUUCACGCAAUUAGCCGUCACUUUGAAUGGAAAGGGAGCCAAAUGUGUAUAUUUUAGGCUCAAUUUAAUUAUAUCGCCUCCGAAAACGUAA